AUUUAACCUAGGUAAGUAUAGAUAGCAUGUAAGGUAACUUACUGUUCUUAACUACCUAUCUACAUAGUUGGAUUAUUCAGAAAGGUGAUACCAAAACGUACCAAAAAGUCAUACCCCGCUGCAGGUUCCCAUAUCUAGGAGCCGGAGACGAUUUUGCAACUUCACCAGCCGCCGCUUUCACGCUUCCCCAAGCAGGCCCAUCACGACUUCUUCUGCCUCGACAAUGGAGUACACAGAGACGCAGCGAGACGGCGCCCGGCACAAUGCCUGGAUUGGACACGCCGGAGCCGCCGGCCACGAUCUGAGAAGUGACACCAUGACCACUCCAACGGCGUCCAUGCUCGCGGCGAUUCAGUCGUGUACUUUACUAGACGACGUCUUCCAGGAGGAUCAGACGACGGCGGACCUGGAGGCCCACUGCGCCAGCCUUGCGGGGAAGGAAGCCGGUCUGUUUGUCUUGUCUGGGACCAUGGGGAACCAGCUGGCACUGAGAUCCCUCUUGACCCAACCUCCUCACGGAGUACUGUGUGACUCGAGGUCUCACAUUGUCAAUUACGAGGCGGGAGGCGUAUCGUCCCUCACCGGGGCCAUGGUCACACCUGUCGUCCCGAGCAACGGCAUCUACCUAACCCUCGAGGACGUCAAGGCGAAAGCCCGCCUCGACUCGGACGUCCACACCUGCCCCACGCGCGUCAUCAGCCUGGAGAACACCCUCAACGGCAUGGUCAUGCCGCUGGAGGAGGCCCGGCGGAUCUCGGCGUUCGCGAGGGAGCACGGCGUCCGGAUGCACUGCGACGGGGCGCGCCUAUGGGAGGCCGCCGCGGCCGGGGCCGGCAGCCUCGCCGACUUCGCCGCGUGCUUCGACACCGUCAGCCUGUGCUUCUCCAAGGGCCUUGGGGCUCCCGUGGGGAGCGUCCUGGUCGGCCCUGCGGACGUGCUCCGCCACGCCCGCUGGGUUAGGAAGUCCAUCGGCGGGGGCUUGCGGCAGUCGGGCGUCGUCACCGCCGCGGCCAGGGUCGCCGUCGACGAGACCUUUGGGCGCGGGCCGACGGGGGAGGGGGGCCUGCUGAGGGAGUCUCACGGGCUAGCCAAGGAGGUCGCGGAGAUGUGGACGGACCUGGGGGGGAAGCUGCUCCACCCGGUGCACACCAAUAUGGUGUGGAUAGACCUGGACGAUGCCGGAUGCUCGUCUGACAGGGUUGCGGAGCUGGGGAAGGAAGUUGGCUUGAAGCUCUUCGGGAAUCGGCUGGUGAUCCAUUACCAGAUCUACCAGAACCGAGAAUACGUGAUCCCGCGGCUGGAACAGGUUUUCAAGACGAUAUUGGAGGAAAAGGCUAAAAAUGGUGGUGCUAAGGGUGCCAACACCACAACUCAAGGGCCAGCCUCGCAGUACAGCACCCGGUGAGCACUGUGCAGUCAAUUGAAAUCGAGCCGAAUAUUACAUGUCCAGGGUCCAGACAGGGCUCUAUCCUAGGGAGGUGACCGGGCAUCUAAAGACGUGCAGGUCAGACUUGCAGUUGGGCUGUGAAUUAAUCUAGCGAGCCAGUGCCGAUUGACAAUUCGACCGAUGUAGCAUCCGAGACGGACCGAUCACUUCGGUCUCAUUCCCCUUAUACACGUACGUAAACAUCGUGCAGAUAUCUGCAUCUACAAAAUGCCCUCAAAUUUUCAAGAUGCCUUCUCAAUCUCAGCUAGGC